AUGGGUGGAGUACAGAGCGGAACCCAUACCCUUGGAGAUGCAUUAUGGGUACAAGAGAGACAACGACAAAAAUGCCAUCGAGAAGGGGGACGACACGAGGCCCAUUCAGCGCAGUCCACGCAGGAUCGCAGGAAGCUCUUGAAGCGAACGAGAAGCCUUGCGGUGAUAUCGGAGGACGAAUCUCGACAAGAUCGAGAAGCGCACCACUUCAGACUAGGACAAUCGACCUUCGAUUUACCCCGAAGGCAUCAAUUGAUACCAAGAGCCAAGCUGAUCGAUCGGAACUCUUUAAAGGACAGGCUUUCCAAGAGUCAACAGCAUCUUUCGGACUCCUACGAAAGAUUCAACGAAGCAAGAUCCUACCAUUCGAGAUCGGCUUGCGGGCUUCACUCGAUUCCGCCAGGAUUUGUUCCAUUCCCGGAUCCUUUGGUUCAUAACCGGUGCAAUCGGGUCGACUCCGACCGAUUGAACAUCCUCGAUUGGCCAGAAUCGCCGCGACGUUACCACAGCGUUCAGGAUUUGGACACCGUUAGCGGCUUGGUGGACAUCGUCGAAGACAAUUGGCCCAUCGAAGGCAAUCGUAGCAUCGAUUGCAUCUACACUCAGGUGAAACGCAAACGCAAGGAGCACAGAAGUUUGGACAGCAUUCUCUUCGAAGACGAUGGCGAAUUAGAGUACUUUGACGUUUUGAACUUGUUACCAUUGUCGAACGUACGAUUGGAAUUCGACGAGGAUGACGCUAGGAACAACAAUCUAGCCGAGAGAAACGAGAGGAAUCCGGAGGUGAAUAAGCUAAAAGUAAUCGAUUACCUUGAAUCGCGGACGAUCGAGGACAAGUCACGCGCAAGGAACAACGCAACGGAUGAAGAAAAAUGUAAAAAGAAUACCACGAAGGAGGAGAACGGUACGCGCGAGAUCCACGAGGGAGAUUACCGCAACAACGACACGAAGGAACCCAAUUUGCAACCGUUCGCAACGGUUUCGCACGAACACAGGAGGGAGGUUUUCGAUCGACGCGGCGAGGUUCAAGAAAGUUUCGACGACGAAGGGAGUUCGAUAAGCUUUCAGGACGAGUCCGUCGAUCGAGAAUCCGCGUCGUCGAGGACCGAUGAAGACAAGUACAGGCUGGACGUCGAGUUAGCGUCUUCCAGCGAGGAGCGGAUCGAUCGAAAGGUCGAGGAGGCCGAAGAUUACAAGUCGAUUUGGAUAUCGGACACCGAGGAGCAGGAGGACAUGUCGCGGAGGCCGCAGGUACUCAAGGUCGUGGACAACGACGUGACGAAAAGACGUUACCGACACUCUUCGCCAGAUGUUGAUGCGAUCAAAGGGGAGGAGAGAAAAUGCUGCGAGAAUGGAAACGAAUCGAACGAUCGUUUCCAGGUUGGGAAAUGGGGGGCGAAAGCUGAGAGCGCCGAUGGAGGUUCGAGGAAUAUGGAGAACGUCACCCAGGAAGACGACGAGGCGAACACGAAUAUCGAGGACGCCAAGAAUUUCUUCGAGCGAAAAAACUCGUCUAAGGAGAGUUCCAAGAGCAAACAGAACGAGGGCAGGUUCGAAAGGAUCGUAAAGGGAACGACGAAUAUCUUCGGGAAGGCGUGCAGCGUAGUGAAGGAAAGCCUGGGUUUCGAGGCGAGAUCCGAAAGCUCGGAUCUUGGAUUAGGUUCGGAAUCUGGUAGCGACACGAGAAGAAGGUCGGUCGAUGACGGCAUCGAUGACGAUCAGAGCUCGGAGAAGGUAUCGUCUAACAAGGCGAACGAAAGCAACAAAGUGCACAGCAAUUUAGCCAGGUCUAGAAGUUGCGUGGAUUCGAUCGACCAGGACGACGAGCAAGAGUUCGAUCACGUUCGCUAUAAGAUCGUUAAGUCUAAUAUGUUUGGCAAGAACGUGUACAACAGUGGUCGAGGCGACGUAACCUACGAGGGUCUGAUGCAGUAUCUGCGGGAAUACUCGUUCCAAGAGCUGCUGCUAGAUAACAAUGUUGUUAUCAUCGAACCUGUACGCGCCGAGACGAUAGAACGGAAGCCAUCUUCUGCGGGGAAAGCAAGAUCGGGGUCCAAAUGCAAGAUAGCCGGGACGAUACAGAAGAAACCGGACAUGGAAAACCGCGAAAGAAACUGCAAAAAUUCGGACAGCGAUAAUUCUAAGAGCCCGAAACAGUCGUCCAUCAGAAAGCACUUUUUCUACCAUCCCAUCAGAGUGAACCGCGAGCUCAUCGACGAAGAACUGCCCAAUCCGGACACGGUGAAGAACGUCAGACAAAUGUUCGAGGAUACCUUGAAGGUGAAAAACGGCUCGCGCGUGGAUCUCUCAGGAGACUGUAAGAGCCGAAAGAGCGUCAGUAUGAAAGAUCUGACUGCAAUCGACACCGCUCGGUUCAACGAAAUAUCUGAUAAAAUGCAGGAGGGAUCCAGGUGCUGCAGCAGGGCGAAGGAUCUCACCAAACUGUUCGAGAACAUGGAGAAAUGUACGUCUUCGAACGCAUCCGUAGUGGGUUGCAAAGACGAGCUCGACAGCCCACGUAGCGAGUCAAAAACGAGGAUUUUAGCGCAGAGUUUCGAGGCGCGGAGCGGACACACGUCGCCUAGCGACUCCACGUCUUCUAAGAAUAAGGCGAAUCGUUACCACCAGCAUCACCAUCACCAUCAUCAUCAUCAUAAUUGGGACUCUGGAAGCGUGAGCUCUGGAGUGUCUAGCGAUUACCCUGACACCGAUCCUGGUAGCGGAGUGCAAUGCGUCUCCUCGGAGGACGAGGAAGUCGACUGUCACGACGACGACGGCAACGAGGCAACCGAUUCGAGCCAUUAUGUCUCGCAAGAUGUUCUUAAGAAAAUUCGAGAGUGCGGUACGUCGGUUACCUAUUACGGCGGCAAAGUGGUAAACUCCAGCAACGGGCCGCUGAUAUCGCCGGUGGUCGAAAACAGGUUCAAGUGCAUCGAAAGGUCCAACGAUUACGUUAAAUUUCGGCUUGUCAAGAGCAAUUCCUGCGACAGCAGGCUCGAACUCACCGGCAGGCUCGUCGAAAGUCACCUAAGAUGUCGAAACCGAGAUAGAGCGAGCGACCUGAGCCAGUACACCAUCGACGAGACUCCGAGCAUCGAGAUCACCACGAUCGAGAAGCAAGAGGAAUCGGAGGAGAUCGAGAAGGAGGACGAUAAGAGGAUGAAUCACUCAGAGGUGAAAAGAGAGCCGCCGGUGGUGAUUGGCUUGGAGCCAAAAAAAGAAGAUGGCAACAAGGAGACCAAGGACUUCAAGGUGGAUUUUAAACUGGGCACCCUCGACGACGCGAAAUCGACUUAUUCCAGCCGAUUUAUCGGCAGCGCUAUGACCAGGUGGCAAGUGAACGAAAACAAUUGGAGGACCCCGGACGAUUUCGGCAAGAUGGAAUUUGAGGAAUUCGAGGUACUCGAGGACAGUUUGAAUACAGCGGACCACCAACGUUUAGAAACUUCCUGAACAAUUGGGCCUUUCGAGUCGAUAAUUUCGGUAGUGUUUUACGUAGUGAUAUUCGUGUAACGAUUUUCGAUAUUUUCAAGCUUGGACAAAAUUGUCCGAAAGACUCGACUGCAUCGUUUUCUUCGCCUUUGAAGAGAGUUUCGAUCGAGUUGUUCGAGAAUAUCGUAUAAUCGUUUCGAUCGUGGUCGAAGGGAGUUGUACAGGUGUCAUUUGAGGUUUCCUAGCAACGACCAACAUUAUUAUUUAACAAAAUCGUAAAUACAACAAAACGUUGAUCGUUGAGAAAAUUUACAAUAGUCUACAAUAUUAUAUUAUUAUUAAGUAAGGGAAUUAUUCAGAUAUAAAAAAAUACAAGUGUACAUAACGAAGUUAAACAGAUCUUUAAAUUGUCGAGUGUUCUCAUUAAAUUGUUACUUGUGUUACUUACGCCGUCGUUUUCUGACUAUGAAAAUAAACACACUUUAAGAGCAUUCCCUGUAACCUAAUCCUUUCAAUGUACAUAAUAAGCUCAAAGUAGAUUGUCCCUUAACAAGCGUAGAGGAAACUUAAAUUUCUUUAAAGAAUAAUAGAUUAGUAAGCAGUAUGUAUGUAUUAUAUAUAAUGCAAGUUCUUUUAUCGUACAAACGUUUUAAACCGAUGUUAAAGCGCUGUACGAAUGUUUUACGUUAAUCAAAAUUUCAUACGAUUAUAUUUACGAUUAUGUAAAAUUUCUGUACAAUACAAUUCAACCGUAAUUUCCAGUUGUAUCUCUCCACAGUAAUUUAUGCGUUAAACCAACAUGUUACUCUCGAAUUUAUUACCGAAUGCGUUCCCAUUUUGCGUUUUACAAACGUAAUUGGAAACCUUGCUGGUUUACCACGUUAUUACUUUGUGCGUGUUUCUAUGCAAAGAAUAAAAGCGUAGUUUGAAAGUGUUAAGAAUCCCCGCCUACAUCCUUACAAGAUAAUGAAAUCAACAGAAAUCUCACCGCUGCCAUUCAAUCCAGCAAUUGAAAAACUUUAUUGCGUUUGCUUUUAUGGGAAUACACCGAUAUUACCUCUCUUUCUUCUUUUAUAUCAAGUUUUACUGCGUUCUGUCACUCACCAACGUCUUGCUCUUCUCGAACAACCAGGUUCUUUUCCGUUUUAUCCUGUGGCAAUCUUGGUAUCUUCGUUUCCUUUGACGAAGUACUCGAGUCCUCUAUUCCCUUCGCUAGAAUCGGACUUAAGCUCGGAGCAAAGG